CCUCCAAAGCUUAAGAUCAUAAAUCCAAAACCACUCAUUCUCUCCAAAGAAGAAGAAGAAGAAGAAGAAGAAGAUAACAUGGCGACAAGCGCAUCUGCUUUGCUCACUCCCGCAACCACCGCCGCAUUCUCCCACCAAAACCCAAACUCCAUCUCAUUCCACGGCCUCCGUCCUCUCCGCCUCGGUGGCUCCUCCUCCGCCUUACCCAAGCUAUCCACCACCUCCGGGAGAAGAUCUUCCUCAUCCGCCGUCGUGAAAGCCGAGCUCAGCCCAUCCGUGGUCAUAAGCCUCAGCACCGGUCUCUCCCUCUUCCUAGGCCGGUUCGUCUUCUUCAACUUCCAGAGGGAGAACGUGGCCAAACAGGUGCCGGAGCAGAACGGUAAAACCCACUUCGAAGCCGGAGAUGAUCGUGCCAAGGAGUACGUUAGCCUCUUGAAGUCGAACGAUCCAGUUGGAUUCAACAUCGUGGAUGUUCUUGCUUGGGGUUCUAUUGGUCACAUCGUUGCUUACUACGUCUUGGCCACCUCUAGCAAUGGCUAUGAUCCUAGCUUCUUUGGCUGAUUCUUUUUUUUUCAAUUUCUGUUUCAGUGUGUCUGUAUAUGUUUGACUUGUAUCGCAAGCUACAUAAUCUGUUAUCCUUCUUUCCCUUGUCUC